UUCUCUCGGAUGUGAGUCGAGUGCGGAUUAAAGGGAGUGGGUGGAGAAAGCCCUUUAAUAGGCGCCUUGGAAUAUACACGGAGCGCAGGAAAGGUGUCCAAACGCAUCGAGAUGGCGGACUUUGAUAGUAAUCCCUUUGCCGACCCUGAGUUUAACAAUCCUUUCAAGGAUCCAUCAGUUACACAAGUGACAAGAAAUCCUCCACCAGCAUUAGAGGAAUACAAUCCUUUCACAGGUGGACGGACGGCACCCCCAGGAAAUGCUGAAAAGCAUCCUAUGCCGAGUACACAACCCGCUAUAAUGAAGCCUACAGAGGAACCACCCACCUAUGCACCUCAUACACAGGAAACUGCAGCAGCCCAGGCUGAGCUGCUGAGACGUCAGGAAGAAUUAGAGCAAAAAGCAGCAGAGCUUGAUCGGCGGGAACGUGAAAUGAAAAAUCUCAGCUAUGAUCCUCGGAAGAACAAUUGGCCUCCCCUUCCUGAACGAUGCCCUGUGGGGCCAUGUUUCUAUCAGGACCUCUCUGUAGAUAUCCCUGUUGAAUUUCAAAAAACAGUCAAGAUGCUCUACUACUUAUGGAUGUUCCAUGCAGUAACACUCCUGGUAAAUAUUAUUGGUUGCCUUGCCUGGUUCUGUGUUGAUAGCUACCGAGGUGUGGACUUUGGCCUUGCCAUUCUCUGGUUUUUGCUUUUUACUCCCUGUUCAUUUAUUUGUUGGUACAGACCACUCUACAAAGCUUUCAGGAGUGACAGUUCCUUCAGCUUUUUUCUAUUCUUCUUCGUAUUUAUCUGUCAGUUUGCUGUCCAUGUAUUGCAAUCAGUAGGAAUUCCACAGUGGGGAAACUGUGGCUGGAUUUCAGCACUUACAGCUCUUAAUAAGAGUAUUCCUGUUGGAGUUCUGAUGAUGAUUGUUGCAGCAGCUUUUACUGGUUCAGCUGUUGUCUCACUAAUUAUGUUUAAAAAGGUACAUGGAAUGUAUCGUACUACAGGAGCUAGCUUUGAGAAAGCUCAGCAAGAGUUUGCGACAGGAGUCAUGUCAAACAAAACUGUACAGACAGCUGCAGCAAAUGCAGCUUCUACUGCAGCUCGAGGUGCUUUCAAAGGCAACCAAAUUUAAGGGAGAAGGAAAACAAAUCCCCAUCUCAAACGUCUACCAUCUAAUCCAUGUCCCACUCCAGUCAUUACAUACACACAGAUGUCUAUGAACAUGAUCUCACCAUAGCUGCAGCAUGACCCUUUAUAUUAAAAAAAAGCUCCAUGUAGCCCUUGAAUUAGGUUUAUGCAUGGGCUAAAAACUUACACACAAUAGUACUCUUGCUUGAUGAAGAUCUUGUGUUUGAAUUGCUUUUUGUUUUUCAUAACAUUUUUGGAUUAUCAUACUGCCCUUUCUGUUAAGUUUUCAGUUUGUAAUUUGCAUGUUGUCAUUGUUUCUUUAAUAUUGUACUCUAGUUACCGGAGAAUCUUAUGUCUUCUGUGCUACACUGGACUGCUGACUGAUUUGCACGCAAUUUAGUGAUCUUGAAGAAUUGUCUGUACUGCCAAGAGUACAUUGGAUUGGAAACGUUUUAUGUAAAACGUUUGUAACUGCCUUCAUAACAAACACUGACGAGUUAAUGUCAAAGUAACUUAGUUGUCCCUAAUUAUUUGCAAUUUUCUCAUGGUUUUCUUACAUUAACUGAAAAUGAAUGGCAUUACCCUUGUAAUGUUUAGUGGUAUAAUCAAUAUUGACGUACUGUUUGAGUGUCCGCAAUGACUGAGAAGCCUCAUUUGUUCAAGUAUGAACUGGGGCACACUAACUGUAAUGCCGAAAGCAGAUGGCAGGAACUAUUUGGAGUCUUUUGGAAAUUGAACUGCAAUAAUGAAUGUUGUGCCUUCCUUCUAAUUGUAUAAAUUUUGAGUAUAAACAAAUUCCAUCUAUCAUAGACAAACAGUUCUUGAGAAGCACACAUCCUUAAAGUGCAAACAUUAGUGUGUAUCCAUUUUGACUGAAAUUGAUUUUUUUUUAAAAAUCUGGUUAUCGCCACACUGACUUCUACAGAAGCAUUUCAGAUAAUCAGUGGAAAAUGUAGUUUUUUGGGAUCAUGAUUUCAUUUCCAGGCAUGUUCAAAUUUAUUUUUGUUUUGAAGUGAAAUAUUAUUUUAGAUUUCUGAAGGAUGUAGUAACAGAAUUGAGUAAAGAAUUGUUGGAUUUACUUUUUUUUUAAUGACUAAGGUCAAUGAGUAAAAUGACUGUACAGCUGCUAAAUCUUUCAGAAGGCUGGUCAUUGAACUUCCAUUCUGUGAUGGGAGUUAUGCUUGUUGUUUCGCAGUCCUGUCCAAGAAGUGGUACAACUACAUUUUAGUUUUAUAGUCAUUCCGUAUCUCUGCUCCCUCCCUGACAGUGCAACUUAAAAGAAAACAAAACCGUGAUAUUCCUGAACAAAAGUUCUUGCUGCUUCUUUGAUAGGCCUGAAUAAAGAAUUGGUUUUAAUUUUGUAAAUGAUUCCUGUUAGCAUACAACCUGAUAUGGUAAACAUACUACUUGAAGGGAAUUGUAUAAUGCUAUUUCCUACAUAUAUAGUUCUCCAGCACUUCUCAAAUCUAAAUGUGCUUAUCAACUGCAGAUGUUUUCAAAAGAAGGUUUCAAAUUUAAUUAAAUCCUUAUUGCACUAUAGUUUGUGUGCGGAUCAUAAACACAAGUUGUUUGGGACUGUUUUCUGUAAUGAAGGUGGUUAUUGCGGAAAGGAAUACUUGCUAGGUGUGCAUAUAUAUUGGAGAUUUCAGUACACUGUUGAACUGGUCUAACUUGACUCCUUUUCCUGCAUUUUUUGUUUCCUUUUCAAGUCUUGUGUGUGUGUGUACAUGACUUACACUACCCACUGAUGGUGCACCAAGUUAGUCAGGAGAUACACUUUGUUUUUUCCUGUUUGUACAUGCAUUAAUUGUUUCUAUAUACUUGUAUAAAUGUGCUGUGUUUAGGAGGCAGUGUGUCCAGAACUUUUUUAUUUUGAAGGCAGUUAUAAUGUUUUGCUGAAGUUCUAGGCAUGAUGUAUUUGGAUCUUGGAAUGAAUGUUGUCUGAAAUGCAGGAGUUAAAUUGAUUUGAAAUUAGUACAUUGAUGUUUCUAAGUUGUGUAAAUGGACAGAUACCCAUAAAAUUGCCACUGCUGUUCCAUACCUAUAAGUAAUACUGGUUGGGAGAAAUCUGUAGAUUUUUAACUUAAGUAGCUGUGACAAUUUUUAUGCAGCUGAAAUCCACAAUAGAACUUCACUCCUGGAACUGUCCAUUUUCCUGGAAUUACCAGGACAUGAUCAGAUAUCAGAUUUCAUAGUAAAUGGGCCAAGAUCACUUGGGUAGGCAAGCAAAGAUUUCAAUAAGGUAAAAUUAAUAUCUCCAAGCAUUGAGCAAUUCUGAGUUUGUUCAAUCAUAAUGAAUAAGAUGCAUUUCCUUGCUGGCAUGUUUUGAAUCAACUUUGAAUUAAAAUAUAUUUUUUAAAUAACUAGUGAAUGAAAUCUUGAUUUAUACAUUUUGAAAUGCUAGGUAGGAGUUUGUUAAUGGAGUACUGUUCUAACAUUUGUGAUGUGACCAGAUACUGAGGUGAAUCAAAGAGCUUCAAAUGGUAAGUGACAAAUUGUUCUGUUACUUGUACUUCUGUUAAAUAUGGUGGUAAAUAUGUCAAUGUUACAAAAGACCAUGAGGAAACUUCAUUAGUUAAUGUAGUUAGCAAUGUUGCUGUUUUCUACUUUUAAGAAAAUUAGUUAUGUCUCACAGUUGAGAAGUACUGUGAUUAUAUUUUUAACUACGUUGUGAAAUGGAGUGCACUAGUAUUAUGUCAGCGGAAAUGGCAAUUUUUACAUUGCUUUUUAUUUUAACUUGGAUAUGUAGAACUCUAACUUCAAUAGUGAUUCUUUCCUUGAAGUGAGUAAGAGUAACUUGAGCACGUCUUGCUUUGUUUUCCCAGUUCAUUGCAAAUGUUUGGGAAGUGUAUGAUAAAUGCAGAUGAGGACUUUUUUUUUAAUUUAGAAAAGAUUUCAAUGAUGUAAAGAUGCUGGUGUACUUAUUCUUGGGGUUUCUGCAGUGAUGAAUACAUCUGUGUUUGAAGGAUGUUUAUUAGCCAGUGAAUUAUGUAAAUGUCCAAUGAAGUUUGCAGCCAGAUGACUUUCUAAACUUCAAAUAUUGCAUUUUAAUUUUUAGGUGUUGAUUGUUCUGCCUGUUUUUAUUUGUAGCUUUUGAUUUUUUUUGAACUGUAUAAAGUAAGAAACUU